AUGGCUAGCAAUACUUUGCUUGAAUCGGUGGCGGCGUUUGAGUCGCAAGCCAAGCGUGCUGGCCUCAAUGAGCAGUGGAUUGAAGCAUUUGGCCGGAAUGAUCUCAACAAGUUAGGGCGUUUGGCAUAUGCAGUGACAACGCCUGGUGUCGCUCCUACAACUGAACAAGUGACAGAGUUCAUGAAUCAUUUGCGUUUUGGUGUGGGCCCUACACUCAGUGAGAUAACAGCUGUGAAGCGUGUGUUGUUUGAAGCACAGACUUUGACCAUUGCAAGCCUACGUUCAACUGUGCACUCACCUGAUGAUGCCAGCACACGUAGGGUAGCACCUGCUGAGCGAUCUGCAAGAAUUGAAGCCCAGCGUCAGCGACUUCAAGGUUUGGAAUUGUCUGGGCCUAUGGAACCAAGUCAUUGGCUGUAUGAUCAGUUUUCGGCCAUGCUUGAGACUGGUGAGCUGAAAUACAUAUCUCCAGGCAAAUGCAUGACGCGUCAACAGGAACUUUCAGGUGACAAGCCGGACAAGCAGAUCAAGCUGGACGAGACGCGCAGCAGCUUGGUGGUAAAGGACAAACCACAUGAUCAAGAGACAGACAUCACCAGUGACCUCAGUCUGUUGCAAGCUAUGACACGUCGUGCAUUGGCCAUGGAUUUGGUGGGCAUGGCAUCUUUCAAUACAGUUAUGAAGUUUGUGAACCGAUUGUUUGCACUGUUGACCCAGUCACCUGCUCCUGGUUUUGGCCGUCCAGGGCAUGCGCAACUUUUGCGCGCUGACAGGCAGGCUUUCAUGAGGCUGGCAGAAACAGUGCCACCGCCUUACCAUAUCAAUGCAGCUGGAGUAUUACCACUUGAUUUAGCAUUUGACCAGUUGCACAAUGAUGUCACUGUGACAUAUCAUAUGCUGCCGGUGCCCUUGGGACGCCAACGUGAUGAUGAUAAGACUUCGAAUGCGGCCAGUACAAAGACUCCCCCAACCAAGAAAACGCUCAACAAGACUGGAGGUGCGAAUGUUACACAAAGUUUGGGUGAUGGCAUGACGGCAACAGAGGACAAAACUGACAAGGUUGCGGUUGAUGCCAAUGUACACUGGUCUUAUCAUGAUAUUGUCAUUCACAGAUGCAAAUGGUUUGGCAAGUACCUGCCAAUGGCUGCGGCUUUGAAAGAGAAGGAAGCUGCCAUCUUACAAGACAUGCCUGGCCCCAUGAGGUAUGAUCAACUCAUUACCUAUGCCUUCCAGGGUGAAAAGAGGGCGAAAUUGGCGCAUGACAGUGCGGGACCUUCAUCAGUGGUCUCUGGAUGGAGACCCAUCACACCCCAACACCGGGGAGCACAGAUGCCGGCCUCAGAACCAACGGUGGUCAUGGAGAGAUUUCGCAAAGAUUUGGGUGAAAUUCAGUUGUCAGUUUUGCAUUGGAAUUUCUCUGGGUCCCACGACCCUGCGCGUAUUGCAGCCAUGAGAGUCUUUCUUGGGCCGUGA